AUGUCCUCCCAACCCUCCAUGGCCAACGUCGCCCCGCAAAAGGACGUCCCCCACGCCGACGCCCACGACCCCUCCAGCCCAGCCGCCGAGGCCGCCCGCGUCAUCGAGCGCACCAACAGCUGGAAGCCCUCCUUCGAGCGCCGCCAGAGCUGGAACAAGGAGGACCAGAAACGCGAGUUGCAGAUGAGUCACAUUGAGGAUGUCAAGACUGGGCCUGGCUUCACCGAGAGGGCAUGA